AUGAAUCAAAAAAUUUGGAUUAAGAUACCCAAGAAUAUUAACUUAAACAGCCACGAACAGAUGAAGUUCACCCUAAAAAAGUAGAAUCAUAAGCAAAGAGUCCUAUAUUGUUUUAAUCAAUAUAUAUUGUACGGAAAGGUGUGUAUAAAAUAUUUUAUGAAAGGUUGGAUGUGUCCCCAAAAAAUACCUAAAAUUAGAUUUCGAUGCAAAGUUUGAGAUACUCUACUCUUAGAAAAGUCGGAAUGGGGAUGAGGACUGCUUAAAUUAGAUAAUAGGCAUCUCCUUCAACUUAGAUCGUGAAAAUAGGAUAUUUAGUUAAAAGUUAGGAGGAGGGGAAAUGUAAAUCAAAGAGUUAAGAGAUUUUUUGAGAUCAAGGAUAAAUUAGUACAAAUUUCAUGACUACUUCAGAGUUUUGAAAAAAAUAGGAAAAGGCAAUUUUGCAUCAGUAUAAACGAUUAAUUAAUAAGGUUUAUUUUAUAGAAAGAAUUGAAGAUGGGGAAUAAUUCGCAGUCAAAGUAUUUUCAAAAUAAGUGGCUUAUGGUGAGGAGAAUGGAAAGGAGUCAAUCUUAAACGAAAUCAAAAUUAUGAGGGAGUUAAAUAGUGAGCAUUUAAUGAAAUUGAAUGAAGUGUUUGAAAGUGAAAAUUUCAUUUAUAUGGUGUUGGAAUUGCUAUCUGGAGGUUCAUUGUUUGAUUUGGUUGGACAGAAAAAGUUAUUUCAAUUGUAAGAAGUCUAACAGUUACUUGCAGGCCUCCUGUUGGGAUUAAAGGAUAUGCAUCAAAGAGGAAUUAUGCACAGAGACAUAAAAUUAGAAAAUAUUCUAUUCAAAUCUCAGAAGUAAAUUGAAGAAUUAUUUUUAUUAGUGAAUUACCCUCAGUAGUAUUAGCAGACUUUGGGUUGGCUACUCAUGUUAAUUAAAAUAAAUAUUUAUAUUAUAGAUGUGGAACUCCAGGUUAUGUGGCUCCAGAAGUAAUUAAUAACAAGGAUGGAAAAUUAAAAUACACAUCCAUUUGUGAUAUAUAUAGUCUGGGUCUAGUGUUUUACAUCUUGCUAUCUGGAAGACCUGCUUUUCCAGCUAAAACAUAUAGAAGAAUGAUCAAGCUAAACCGAGAGGCUGUGAUCGAUUUUUCCAUAAAAUAAUUUGAAAACUUACCAGAUGAUGCAAUGGAUCUGUUGAAAAAAAUGUUAGAAAAGGACCCUAAAUUGAGGAUAGAUGUUUCUGCUUGUUUAAAUCAUUCCUUCAUCAGUGAUGUUGCCAGAAAAAUGGAGGAUACUGAAAUAAAUGAAGAUAGCGAUAAUGAUUUGGGUUAAACUGAUGAGAGAUCAGAUGUUGGAAAAAGAAUCAAUUAGAUUAAUAAAAAGUACAGUCGAAGAAUAUUUUAGAUAUUUUGUAUUUGAAGCAAGUAAACAUGUGAACUCUCCAAACUUAUCAUCAGAUGAUUCAAAUGAAAAUAUCAUAUAGUCUGCUACAAAAAGACAAAAGGAGAUUGAUUCAACACUAUUGCUAUCUGGUCAAUCACCAUCAUUCAAUGCCAAAAUUGAAUCAAUUGGAAGUGUUCAUUCUAUUGAUAUUUACUCUCCAUAAUUAAGUCAUCAGUCAUCUCCGGCAGUUAAAUAGUCUAAAUUUGGUUUGAAUACAUAGAAAGGUAAAUAACCAGUUCUCAAACAUAUCACAAAAAAUUGA